CCACACCUGGAGUUCAGUCCCCACUCCAUCGCGCUCGCCUCUACUCCCGGGAUUCAAAGGCCUGUCGCUCGCCUGCCGGCGGCCGCCGGCCGCUGUCGUCCCCGGCAGGGUCCCAAGCCCGCAUAACACCACCUGGUGUGGCUGGGAUCCGGGCACUAGAGAAAUCUCCGCCCAUACCUUGCCGGGAGCCGGUUGCAAGCUGAUAAAAAAAAAUCUUUUAUCUCUACCCCACCUUUUCUGAUGGCACAAGCAGCUAUCUAUAGCCUUUUCAUCAUUAACAAGUCUGGUGGCCUCAUAUACUACAAGGAUUAUGGUUCAGCUGGGAGGAUGGACACCAAUGACAGUCUUAGAUUGGCAAGUCUCUGGCAUUCAAUGCAUGCUAUCUCCCAACAACUCUCCCCUAUCCCUGGUUGUACUGGCAUUGACCUCCUACAAGCCCAUAACUUCGAUCUUCACUGCUUCCAAUCCCUCACAGGGACAAAAUUUUUUGUUGUAUGCGAAACCGGCGCACAAAAUAUGGAGACUCUGCUGAAAGCGAUAUACGAGCUGUACACAGACUUUGUUCUGAAGAACCCAUUCUAUGAGAUGGAGAUGCCGAUCCGGUGCGAGCUGUUUGAUCUCAACCUAGCUCAGGUGAUCCAGAAGGACCGUCUCGCCCUUCUGGGUCGGUGAAACUGAAACAUGAAAACACUACCGUCCCAAUAGUGUGAUUGAUAAUUAAUUCAUUUCUCUAAGUUACUCUCAGCUAUGCUCAGCUUGAAUCGUACUUUAUACUGGUGCAGAAUCGAUAACUUCACUAUGGUGUUUGUGAUUGCUGUAAUACAGAGUUUUGCAUACAAAAAAUGCAACUACACAUGUUUUGCCUGUGAUGAACUUCGAGGCUUGA